UCAGUGCGAGGACGCUGCUUGAGUACCGGCGACGUUAAAGUGAACAAUUCCAUGGAUAAAUACGGAUCCAAGGAAACCUCGAAUAGGGUCGUUUGUGAUCCUUUAAUUGUUUCAAGAGUACACACGUAUCUGACUGCUAACGUGGAUAAAGUUUACGUAGAUGUAGAAGAAGUUGCAGAUUAUCUGCAAAGAAGAUAUCGCGAGUAUAGAAAAAGGAAGCAGAGUCCGUUUAGAAUUAUGGUUCGAAGAGCUUAUGAUGAAAUUUCUAAAAAUUAUGAAAGAAAAUCAGCCGCGUUUAUGCGUCAAGACGAAGACAAUGAUGAUGAUGAUGAUGAUGAAGUGUAUGAUAUACAGGGAGAUUCACAAAGACUGGAUAUGAGGUCUAACAAUUCAAUUGUCAGAAUGUACAAGAAAAAUACCUCAAAUGGGAAUUCAUGUGAUAAGGAAGUUGUAGAUAUUAGUAGUGAUGAUAAUGUCAGUGAUUCAGAUAUAACUGCACCUAAAAAGACAGUUGAAGUACCAGUUACACCCAAUGUAUCUACAGUAAAACCUGUGAAAGAAAUAACAACAUUAUUGUCUCCUUCACCUGCAGCUGUAGAAAAGCAAACAAAAAAGAGGCCCCGAGAUAAAGAUGGAGAAAACACUCAGGGUUUGCCAACUAAGAAAAAAUCUGGAUUUCCUGUAAUCGAGGGAAAUGUUAACUUUCAGGACAUUGGUGGAUGUACAAAAGUUCUUGAAACUGUCUGUAAAUUAUUAGUGCAUAUAAAACAUCCAGAGAUUUUCAAACAGUUGGGUAUAUCACCGCCUAGAGGCUUUCUCCUUCAUGGACCUCCAGGAUGUGGAAAAACAUUGUUGGCACAUGCAAUCGCAGGGGAAUUGGGAAUACCGCUUUUGAAAGUUGCUGCACCUCAGCUUGUGGCUGGUGUAUCAGGAGAAAGUGAAUCGCGAAUAAGAGAACUAUUUGAUCAGGCUAUUUCAAUUGCACCUUGCAUUUUAUUCCUUGAUGAAGUAGAUGCUCUAGCACCACACAGAGCAAAUGCACAGAGAGAAAUGGAGAGACGAAUAGUAGCACAACUGCUCUCCUGUAUGGAUGACAUGAGUUUUAAGCAGAACGGAGAUAGAGUUCUAGUUGUCGGUGCUACAAAUCGACCUGACUCCCUUGAUCCGGCUCUACGUCGAGCUGGUCGUUUCGAUCGAGAAGUAUGUCUAGGUAUACCGGAUCGUAAAGCUCGGCUGGAUAUCCUAAAAUUGCACACAAAGUCAUUGACCCUCGCAUCAGAUGUUAAUCUAACCAGGAUAGCAGAGCUAACUCCAGGUUACGUCGGUGCUGAUUUAGUGUCACUAAUUCGAGAAGCUGCCAUGAUUGCCGUAGACAGAGUCUUUAAUCAGCUUGAAAAGAAAAACACAGAACCUUGUAAUUUGACAGAAGAAAAAGUCUCUGAAGUGGAGGAUCAUGAUUCCGUAAUAGUUCCAGAAAGUAAAGUGGAAAGUAGCCCUGUAAGUCCGAAACCUUCUACAUCUGGUCAGUCUCAGAUAACUUUCGAUGAGGACUUAAAACCUGAACAAGAUGAAGUCCUUUUUAAAGAACGCAAUGAAUCGCCAGUCACAUGCUCGAAAUUAUCAAACUUAAGAAUAUGGCUGCGUGAUGAAGAACCAAUAUCACCCGAGAACUUGGUAAAUCUCAGCAUUGAGCAGAUAGAUUUCGGAGAUGCUAUACGUGUCGUGCAACCAUCUGCGAAACGAGAAGGUUUUGCCACUGUACCAGAUGUCACAUGGGAUGACGUAGGCUCUCUGCAAGAUAUUCAUGAAGAGUUACAAAUGGCCAUAUUGGCUCCGGUCAGACAUUCUGAGCACUUUGCAGCACUAGGUUUAACUACGCCUACAGGGGUACUCUUAUGCGGGCCUCCUGGCUGCGGAAAAACUUUGCUGGCCAAAGCAAUCGCCAAUGAAGCAGGAAUAAACUUCAUUUCAGUUAAGGGACCCGAACUGCUUAACAUGUACGUGGGUGAGAGUGAAAAAGCUGUACGCCAGUGUUUCGUGCGUGCCCGCAAUUCUGCACCAUGUGUGAUAUUUUUUGACGAAUUGGAUGCUCUUUGCCCUAAGAGAUCAGAGGGUGACAAUAACGCUUCGUCUCGUGUUGUGAACCAAAUGCUAACUGAAAUGGAUGGCAUUGAAGGUAGAAAGGGUGUAUUUCUUAUGGCUGCAACAAAUCGACCCGAUAUUGUCGAUCCUGCUGUUCUUAGGCCAGGUCGAUUUGAUAAGACGCUUUAUGUAGGAUUGCCAACUGCUUCCGAUCGUGCUGAUGUUCUCAGAGCAUUGACGAAGAAUGGUACAAAACCUAAAUUGGCAGAUGAUGUUGAUCUUAAUGAGAUUGGUAAUAGUACAAGAUGCAAUGGCUACACUGGAGCUGAUUUGAGUGCUUUAGUAAGAGAAGCAGGAAUUGAAGCUCUUCGUGAAACUAUGACAGGCCCACCAGGAUUGGCAAAAAUAUGCCUAAGACAUAUUGUUGCAGCUUUCGAUAAAGUGCGACCAUCCGUGUCGGAAGAGGAUAUAGAAAAAUAUGAGAAUUUACGAAAGACGUAUUCCGUCACGACGAAGAGUUCGGACGUCAUUCCGAUGGAAACACCUAUAGCUGCACCUUUGGUAGAUGCUAUCAUGGAAGCUAUGGAAGCGUAAGUUAUGAGCGCUGUCAUUAGUUAUGUAUAUACGUACAUUCAUAUUAGAUAUACUUCUUUUUUUAAGGGAAGACCAUAAUUUAUUAUUAAUUACAUUAAAAAAAUAGUUUAUAUUGUUUUUUUUUUCAAAUAACGGCAUUAAUUGCGAUAGCAUGAAUUGAAUCCGUAAAUUGAUGCCAUGGUUCUAUACUUCUUAUAGACUUAAAUUGCUGCUGCAAGUUGCAUCAUUAUUAAUGUAUUUCCUUCCAGUUAGGCUAAUUCUUUAAAAAAUAAAUCUAUAGUUCAUCGUGAGAGUAUACUUCCUAAAUUUUAUACAGUUUAUAAAACGCUUAAUAAAACUUAUAAUUACUUACAAA